AUGCCAGUCUUCGAAAAUUCUCCGCACUCCCCGGAAGACCUUGUCCUUGGUCGUUACACUUGCGCAAUUUCCCACAUUCCCUCCAGUGCUUAUCUGAGCCUACGGGUAGAUCGACAUUCCUCCGUGAUCAUCGUGCUAUGGCACCCAAUGGUGUGGCCCGCCGUUAACACAGACAUGGACGACGAGCAACCCUCCAAGCGGCGCCGGCGCAGUCGCCGUGCCCCGUCAGAUCGCAAAUUCGAAUGUACCCACGAGGACUGUGGGAAAAGCUAUUCCCGCGCUGAGCAUCUAUAUAGACACCAGUUGAACCAUGCCCCAAAACAGAUAUUUCGCUGCGACUUUCCCAACUGCUAUCGAUCGUUUGUGCGACAGGAUCUCUGUAUUCGCCACCGUGAACGCCAUACCACCCGUGGAUCCCAGCUCCAGAAACGCGACUCGUUCACAGCGGACAGUCACGAUGAUUUGCCCAAAUCGCUGAUCCCUGCCUCGUCCCCCUCAUCGCCAUCCAUGACUGCCGCAGACUACGCAUUUAUCACCGACCCUGCGCCCAGCUCCAAGUCUCCUCCGAAUACAAAUUACCCCUUAUCAACUGGCAUUGAAAACGCGGGAAUCCCGGUGUCUGGAUACCAGGACCUUUCGGUGGGAUUUGUCCAACCCGAGAGCAGCAUGCUGGAUCUCGAUGCCAUGUCAAACGCGUAUCCCAUCUUUGGUGGGGAGACAUACAACCGGUCACCAUUCGCCAUGGCUGAUGACUUUGCGGCUUGGCUGUUCAGUGAACCGCUCCCGCCGCUGGGGUACGGCAUGAUGCCCUUGGUGCAGAAUCAGUUUUAUGUGAACGAGCCAUCCUAUCAUAAUUUUUGCACUGUUACCCCCCAGCAUCCCAUGAGUGUAACUAGUAUCCUUGAUUCGGGAUCAUUGCCAGCUAUUAUAUCCGAAGAAAAGCGGCAGGAACUGCUGCAUUUGAUGGCGACACGAUUCAACGAGGCAGCGUACUCGGCGGACAACAAGCGCAAAGAUGCAUUGAUGGAUGGAGAUCUGGAUAGUGACCGACAUUCUCUGAGCCUGCGCAUGAUGCAGACUUAUAUUGGCUCCUAUUGGUAUCAUUUCCAUGCGCAACUGCCUAUACUGCACCAGCCGACCUUUGCAGCAGAUCGCACACCCAAUUUGCUAUUAUUAGCCAUUAUGGCCAUCGGAGCGGCGACUCUGGAUAAGAUUCACGGACAGGCGGCCACUGAGAUAGCCGCUGAAUUAGCUAGCUUUAUCGCAUGGCAUCUACGCUGGGAGAUAUUUAUGGAUGCGGAUUUCCGACCGCCAGCCCGAUUGUGGGUGUUCCAAGCGUUACUCUUACUGGAGGUAUAUGAGAAGGGAUUCUCAACCCGGGCGCUGCACGAGCGCGCCCAUAUACACCACGACACCACCUUGACAUUGAUGCGACGCGGGAGCUCGCUAAUCGGGCGGUCAUCAUUUGACACACCCGAGUCCAGGGAAGAGGACGAGUCGUGGACUCAUUGGAUUAAAGCUGAAGCGACUCGGCGAGUCGCUUUUGCUGCAUUUGUGCUAGAUUCUACUCACGCUACCAUGUUUGGACACUCAGCCAAGAUGGUUGCACAUGAGCUACGGCUGCCGUUACCGUGUGACGAGGCCCUGUGGGCUGCAACUAGUGCUGCGGAGGUAGCGCGCGUGCAGUCGAGUCUACAAUCACACGGCGUUCGGCCUGUCAUGUUCCUCGACGGACUGAAACGUACUCUGAAUGGCCAGCCCGUUCGCACAAAUGCCUUCGGUCGGAGUAUAUUGAUCUCUGGAUUACUGAGCGUGAGUUGGCAUCUGAACCAGCGAGACCUGCAGGUCAGUUCACUUGGAGUUGGGCAGACUCUAGGUGGCCGUGAUAAAUGGCGUACUUCCCUCCUGCGCGCUUUCGACAAUUGGCGUCGCGACUUCGACGAGGCACUAGGCCCUUCCCCAACUACUGAAUCCGAGUCUCGCGACGUGCUCCAUGGUCUUGCUCAUAUGGCCUCUCAUGUGGAUAUCGUUGAUCUUCAAAUCUUUGCUGGAGCCGAUCGGUUGAUGGGUCGAUCCAUCACGGCGCGAGACUAUAGUACGGCUCGAGAGAAGACUGGGCGCUGGGCGACUAAAGCCUCUGCUCGCGAUGCAACCUUCUACGCACUUAAAUUUUUGACCGCUUGCUUUGUGGACCAGGUCUCGGGGGAAUACGUGGCGCGGGACGACUAUCUUCUCAAUCGGCCCUGGGUUAUGUACUUUGCCGUGUUGGUGGUGUGGUGUUAUGGAUUUGCUCUAGAUGGACCCUUACGACCACCCCCUACACUGGCAACUCCGAUUGAACGAAGACGCGACAUGCAAAUAUUCCUGGAACGCGUUGGUGGUGUGCGCGAACCCAAUGACCUGGAGGGGAUGAAAGGUCGAAAUGCGUGUUUGGGUCUGUUGAUGGUGCUUCGCGACUCCUUCGCUAGUUCGCGUUGGGAAUUGUUAGGUGAAGCGGCGCGGCUGCUGGACAGCUGUAUCGUGAAGCUACAAUCAUAA